CUUACAAAAUUUAUCAAAAAUUCAGAGUACCCGAAGGACUUAAAGAUGUACCAACAUUAAAUUAUUUUGGAUUUCUUGCUUCUUUGAUCUUAAAUAAAGGUCCUGACAAAAUUUGGGAAGAGUCACGAAAUAUUCUUGAAAAAAAUGGAAUUGGAAAAUUUUGGUUCAAUGGAAAUUGGUAUAUCGUUACUAUCGAUUUGGAACUAAUAAGAGAUGUAUUUGCGAAAACAGAUUUGUAUACUAAAACACCGAUGGAAGAAUUUUUUCCCGGAUCUUUAAUGGCUAGUUACUACGGUACAAACGUAGUAUUUACCAACGGAGAUGCUUGGAAACGUCAUCGUUAUAUUACAAAUCCUGCGUUUAAGAGUCUACCCAUGCACGUAUUUGAUGAAACUGCUGUGAAAUUGCUGAAGGUCAUCGAAAAAGUUGAUAAUGAGCCCAUAGAAGUAAAUGAUCUUAUGCAUAGAUUGACUUUAGACGUACUUGGAAGAGCUUCUUUUGGAUUUGAUUUUAAUAAUCUUGAAGAUCCAACAAAUGUCUAUGUUACUACAUAUAAAGAAGUGGUGGCAGAAACUGAUAACCCAUUAUAUCUAAUUCUCCCAUUCAUCGAAUAUAUCCCGUAUUUUGAUCGUACUGAAGCACGUAAAAAAGUUGCAAAGAUGAAUGAUUUAUAUAAUGGACUUAUUGAAAAGAAGCGUAAAUCAAUGGAAACGGACGAAUUGAAUAAAAAAAUAAACAAUAAUUCCGCUGAUCUAUUAGAGUGUAUGAUAAACGCUUCUAACAAUCAAAAAUAUCCCAUGUCAAAUGAAGAAAUGCGA